AUACUCUUCCUUUACCAAAUACCAACAUCUCUGUCCACAGUACUGAUUGCCCUUUUCCUUCCACUCCAAAACUUUACUCCUCUUUCCAAUGGCGAUAGACUUUCCCAAAGUGGAGAGACCCACCGUGAAGGUGUCAAACAUUGCCCUAACAGUAACCGCACAAGACCUUCUGGAUUUUAUCGAAUCCAAAAUCGGUAAGGAUACAAUCUUCGCUGUUGAAAUCUUCACUGAGAAGACUAAUUGGAAGUCUAAGGGUCAAGGUAGGGUUCAAUUUGAAACCCUAGAUGCUAAAUACAAAGCAACCCAAUUUUCUCUUAAAAAUGAUCUUUUCUUUAGGGGUUCUUACCUUUCACUCUCUAAUUCUCAUGAUGAUAUUGUGGUUAGACCCAUUGAACCCAAAUUUAGGACUACCAAUGUUGAUUUGUAUGUGGGUUUUCUUGAUAAAGAGAAUAAAAUGUUUGUAAUAGAAACUUUUGAGAAAGUUAAGUUCUGGGUUAUGCCUGAUAGGCGUGUAAUUGAGAUUUAUGUUGAUUAUGAUGCUAAAUUUUAUAAGUUGGUUCUUCAAUUUGAUGAUAUAUUUGAGGGUUUUGGCUGUCACUUUGAUCCUCAUUUUGAAGUUCCUGGCAUUCUUCUUAAGCUCAAGUAUGCACCAAAGAUAUACCAAAAGGUUUCAGGGUCUAAUUUGCAUAAAAGGUUUACUGCUGACCGCUAUCAUAUCUGCAAGGAAGAAGUUGAGUUUCAUUGGAUCCGUUCUACCGAUUUUUCAAAGAAACAUUCGAUUGGACUAUCUUCUGCAUUUUGUUGGGAAAUUGAUGGGAAAUCAAUGGGUCUAGAUUUUUCUUCCACCAUUCCUUUCUAUAAGAAAACUUUGGAAAAUUGCAUCGAAUUAGAGGAAUACGAUGAAUAUUCUUCCGUCUUAGGUCUCGUUCCACUUGUUAAUUGUGACGACAUUUUGUGCUUGGAUUAUGAACUUCUUUUCCAAAUCAACUCCCUUGUCCACACCCUAAAAAUAAGUCUCGCUUCUGUGACUACCGAGCUUGUUAAUUUUCUCCAUACUUUGAGCUUAGACACUGCUCAUUUUGUCCUUCAAAAGCUGCAUAGGUUGAGUUCCACAUGUUACGAGCCACUUUCGUUUAUUAAGGCUCAGGUACAGGCUCUAGGUAAUGCACGUAAUCGUAGUCUAUCAACUCAAAGACUCCCGAAGAACGAUAGAAUAAUGAAAUGUCAUAGGGCUCUAGUCACCCCGACAAAAAUAUGCCUCUUAGGUCCCGAACUGGAGGCUUCAAACUAUGUUGUCAAGAACUUUUCAGCCUAUGCGUCGAAUUUCAUGAGAGUAACUUUUGUAGAUGAGGACUGGGGUAGGUUAUGGCCGAAGGAUGUGUCGACCAAAACUGAUGAAGGCAUAUUCUCAAAGCCGUUAAGAACAAAUAUAUAUCACCGGAUAUUGUCUAUUCUUCGUGAUGGGGUUGUGAUCGGUAAUAAAAGAUUUGAGUUCCUGGCUUUUUCAGCGAGCCAACUCCGGUCAAAUUCUGUGUGGAUGUUUGCUUCCAAUGAUAAAGUGACGGCAAAUGAUAUACGCGAAUGGAUGGGUAGUUUCAACAAGAUCCGUAGUGUUUCAAAAUGUGCAGCUCGGAUGGGCCAAUUAUUCAGUGCAUCUUGGCAGACCUUGGUUGUUCCUGUGCAGGAUGUGGAAGUGAUUCCUGAUAUUGAAACCAAUUCAGAUGGAAUUGACUAUUGCUUCUCCGAUGGUAUUGGGAAGAUCUCCCUUUCGUUUGCUCGACAAGUUGCGCAAAAGAUUGGUGAAGAGUCCACUCCCUCAGCGUUUCAGAUUCGGUAUGGUGGUUAUAAAGGUGUAGUAGCUGUAGACCGGAAUUCCUUCCGGAAGCUAUCUCUACGUAGUAGCAUGCUCAAGUUCGAAUCUAAAAAUAGAAUGCUUAAUGUCACCAAGUGUUGUAGGUCCCAACCAUGUUACUUAAAUAGAGAGAUUGUUACUCUUUUAACCACUUUGGACGUUGAGGACGAGAAUCUUGAAGCUUUGUUGCAGGAUCACAUCCGUCUUCUUGGUAGUAUGUUGUCAAGUAAGGAUGCCGCUUUGGCGGUGUUAGAGAGCACCAGUAUGGGUCAAACUAAAACUCUCGCUAAAAUGAUGCGUCAUGGUUAUGAACCAAACGCAGACCCGUAUCUCUUGAUGAUGCUACAAGCAUACCUCGAAAGCCAAUUGUCCGAGUUGAGAGCUCGGUGCCGCAUUUAUGUUCCAAAAGGUCGGGUUUUGCUUGGAUGCUUAGAUGAGACAGGCUUGUUAAAUUAUGGCCAGGUGUUCGUCCGUAUUACCUUGAGGAAGACCGAACUCGAAAAUAUGGAUUUGCGGGUCUUUCACAAGGUGGACGAGAAAACUGCAAUAGUUACAGGGAAGGUCGUUGUCACCAAGAAUCCUUGCUUGCACCCAGGCGAUGUCAGAGUUCUCGAGGCUGUCUAUGAAGUUGUACUAGAGGAGAAGGGACUAAUCGACUGCCUGAUCUUCCCGCAGAAAGGAGAAAGGCCUCAUCCAAACGAAUGUUCUGGAGGUGACUUAGACGGUGAUUUAUAUUUUAUAAGCUGGGACGAAAAGCUCAUACCACCUAAAACUGUAGCACCGAUGGACUACACUGCAUGUAAGCCUCGGAUUAUGGACCAUGACGUAUCUCUUGAGGAGAUUCAACGGUUCUUUGUCGAUUACAUGAUCAGUGAUUCGUUGGGAGCUAUCUCAAAUGCACACUUGAUCCUUGCAGAUCGUGAACCGGAAAAAGCCCUGAGUCCUAAAUGUGUGCGCUUGGCCAACCUGCACUCAAUGGCUGUCGACUUUGCAAAAACCGGUGCUCCGGCCGAGAUGCCUAAUAUUCUGAAACCAAAAGAGUAUCCUGAUUUCAUGGAGAGGUGGGAUAAACCCACAUACAUAUCCGAAGGGGUUUUAGGCAAGCUUUACCGUUCCACUGUAGCUGCAACUAUUCCCAAAUCAGAAAUUAUUUGGUCGGAGGAAACUGCUCGAGCUGUUUACGACUCUGAACUAGAAGAACCCGGGUUUGAGACCUUCAUUGAUGCUGCUAAAAACUGCAAGGAGAUGUACAUAGAUAAAAUGAAGGCGUUGAUGAUGUUCUAUGAAGCGAGUAGUGAGUAUGAGAUACUCUCGGGUAACCUAAGAUCAAAGUCUAAGAUUUUGCAGCGAGAUAACAGGAGGUAUCGAGAGGUGACAGAUCGGAUAUUGGAAUCGGUAAAAUGUUUACAAAGAGAAGUGAAAGGAUGGUUUGAGAGUAGCUGCAAAGUACAAGAGCGUAAAAUGAUGGCUUCGGCAUGGUACCAUGUUACUUACCACCCGUCUCAUUGCCAUGACAGCGAGAACUGCCUUGGUUUCCCUUGGAUUUUGAGCGAUGUUCUGCUUUCGAUAAAAGGUGCUAACCGAAAUGAAUCUUGAAUGCUUUCGGUAUCUAAUAAUCAAAGCCAUAUGCCUUCUGUAGCUUAGGCUUACUGGUGCUUUGAAGUAUGGUUAGCUGCACAAAAUGUUAAGGUCUUAAUCUCUAUGUUGAACACCUAACUGAACUACUUGUGUUGGUGAUUAGUUGUGUGACUAUGUAUUAGUACUCCUAUAAUAAUAGUAUGUGAAUGUGAUAAUAAAGAUUUUAAACAAA